AUGCCGGACCUGCAGGGGAUCAAGAAGAAGAAGGGUAAGGGUAAAGCAAAGAACAAGCAGCCUGCAGACUUCAAGAAGAAGAAAGUUAAGUUAGGGCGAAAGCUUGUGAAAGAGAAUGAGACGAGCACAACGAUUCAAUCAAAGAAGCUGAAUCUUGUUCGACAGUCAGUUGCGGUGGACAGGAGCGGCAAGGAAGUCAACAGCAGGGGCUUAACGCUAGCCGACGUUCUUUCUCACGCCUCGCACUACAGUGCCAAUGUCAGGAAGGAAUGUGUGGCGGGAGUGAAGGAUUUUUUCUCUCUCCAUCCUUCGCUGCUUUCCUCGCACGUUGGAGUUGUGCUGGACAGAAUCUCAUCGAUGGUCUCGGAUGCAGAUGCGGCGGUGCGAGGAGAGCUUCGCUCGCUCAUGAACCUGGUCCUCUGUCAGGCGCAGGAAGGCGUGCUAGCUCCCUACCUCAACGCCUACCUAAUUCACGUGUGUGGAGGACUCUCACACAUUAGUGAGUCGAUCCGAAGCUCAGCUCUAGAGCUCCUUCACGACCUCGUUCCCAAGUAUCCCAAGGUAGUUUGCCAGCUGUCUGCCCAGCUGCUCCCCAUUUUCAUCCACAUGCUGAGCGGAGUGGAAGUGGCAGGAGGUAUCAGCGUCGCCUCCUCCUCCUCUAGAAAGGACGCUCUGAGAUUGCUGUCGUCAGCACCGAGGUUACGGACGAUCUCACCAAGAGAUCGACUCUUCAUCCUUGAGCGCAUGCACGCCUUCUUGUGUGCUGUUGCCUUGACCAACUUCGAGGGUCGGCCGCCUGCGAGCUCUUUCUUUGAGCUCGUUAGCAAAGAACAAGCCGAUCCAAGGAGCUCGAAGGAGGGAGGAGGUGAUGCAGGUCGAGUUUCUUCAGAACCAAAGAAGAACCAGGACGAGACAGGAGGGGAGCUGGAAUGGAGAGAAGAAGAGUAUAACAUUGUGAGACUGGGAGAGUGUUCAUGGCAUAGGCAUGAGAAGCCAAGGGAACAUGAGGGUGCUUACAUGCUGCUGGGCUUCUUUUCCUCUUCUCUCCCUCUCUUGGAGCAGAUCUGGAAGGAGAGUCUGCAGUCCCCUUCUUCUGCUGCGGACUCGCGCGUCUCGCGCUGCCUUGUCAGCUCAGCUAUCCAGGUGGUUCGGACUUUCCAGUUAGCUGCCAGCUGCUUGCAAGAGAUUCGUCUACAAGUGCCGACCAAGAUGGCUCCAUGGCAGCUUGUCAAGUGUCAAGUGGGUUCAGCGGUCGGUUCGCUCCUUGUCAAGUUUCCUCUUGCAGCUGAGGAUUUGCUAGCAGCCUCACAAACUGAGCUGAAGUUUCUCAACCGUGCCAUCCUGUCUGUCGCAACGACUUGCUUGUCUUGUGACCUCAUCUCACGUGGUAACUUCCACAUGCGUCAGGACUUGCUGAAUUUCUCUCUACAUGAAUUCGAGCAGCUGAGGAUCGUGCUGACAAAAUCAACGCGAGCUGCCAGUGGCAAGCGAGGAGGAGCAGAUCCGUUGCCUUCACCCUCCACUGUCAAGGCAAUAGCAGAGACAGCAGCUGAGCUUCUCCCAUCCGUUUCGCUUCUGCUGGUUCGAAAUGCUUCACAUGAGGUUUUGUAUCUCGGCAUGGAAGGGAGAGAGCGAGCGGUAGAGCAGGAUCUUCUUGACUGCUUCACCUCUUGCUGGGAGGCGUCGCAGAGUCGUUCCUCAUUCAAGCGAGCUGGACUCUCUUUCAUUGCACAGCAGCUGGAGACAUGGCCCACCUCCUUUCCUCCUCAUGCCAGCCGCUGGAUCGCUGCGCUGCCAAAGCUGCUUUGGACCCUUCAGGAUCGCGACCCCCAGCUCUCGCUGGACUGCCUGCUCCUGCUCGGCAAGUUGGCAAGGAGAGUAUCAGGCGAGGGGAAGCAUUCCGUUUCGGCCCAGACAAUGUGCGGAGGAGGAGCCACUCUUCAGCAACUGCUCGUUCCCUUCUUUCGUGCUCAGAUGAGGGCCAGUGAAAUGCAGGCUGGGCCUUUUGUAAGCCUUCCUGCCUCUUGUCAGACAGCUGCGUUGGAACUCCUCUACUACCUCGCACCCCUCACAGAUAAGAUGCUGGCAGCACUUUCCGAUGUCCUUGUUCUCCCCGAAGUUUCACCUCCUGUCAUGGCGUAUGCAGUCGAUGUGUUGUGUGCUUUGUCAGACAGCAGCAUUCAACCAGUAGAGAGCGUGUUGAGCUUUCUUCUCACGGUAGCGAUGAAUAUCGAAGACAAGGAGUCGGGUUCCGAGGGAGACUGGCAGCGGGUCGAGAUUGUGACCAAGCGGAUGAGCAGAAUGAAGAUUCGACGUUUUCUGCGUAGGCUACUCAGUCCAUUUUUGAUGAGAAUGCUCAAGGAAGAGACAGACCCUCAUCGUCUUCGGACGGCUCUCCAUCUUAUGGUUCAGAGAUUCGAUGGCGCAGGCAGUGAAGCAAAUGAGGAAGGGGAGGAGGAGCGAAGAACGAUAGCUGAGGCCAUGCUGAGUCUACUCCAGUCUAAGUUGAGAGGAUCUGUACAAGUGGCAGCGGAAGCUGCCAAGUCGAAUCCUGGAAUUCUGCUGGAGGCGAUGAACAUGAUCGGAGCAGGGGAGGAGACAGCGCUCAUUUCCAGGCUUGAAGCUUUUGUGAGUCUGCUGGAGUGA